AUGCAUGAGAGAGCAAGAAUACCAGAGUUUGGCCCAGGAGGAUACACGCUGUACGCAAGUGAGGACUUUCUGGUGCAUUCUUGUCUUCCUAGUGCUAUUCCAACAGGACUAAAAAUGUCAUUUCCACCAACACACUGUGCCCUAAUUACAAGGCACAAACUCAAGACAUUGGCUGGGCUGGUAGACAGUGAUUACAGGGGAGAAGUCAAAGUUAUUGUAAUUUCCAAGGAAGAAGUCAAAAUAAAGGCAGGUGACCCAAUUGCGCGUCUACAGAUGCUUGAAAUUGAAUGCCCAGAAGUUGAAGUAGAACAGGGGUAUCCAACAGAUUUCAAACAGCAGCCUCAAUAG